AUGAACGGUGGUGACGAUGCCGCUACUAGUGGCCCUCCUCCGUCUCUGGACUGGAGAUUCUCUCAGGUCUUCGGCGAACGAACCGCCGGAGAAGAAGUCCAGGAAGUUGACAUCAUUUCAGCCAUCGAGUUUGAUAAAAGUGGAGACCAUCUUGCGACUGGUGACCGUGGGGGCCGAGUAGUUCUGUUUGAGAGGACAGAUACUAAAGAUCAUGGGGGGUCCAGGAGGGAUCUUGAGGAGACUGAUUAUACAGUUAGGCAUCCUGAGUUUCGAUAUAAAACAGAAUUUCAGAGUCAUGAACCAGAGUUUGACUAUCUCAAGAGUUUGGAGAUAGAGGAGAAAAUUAACAAAAUCAGAUGGUGUCAGCCAGCAAAUGGUGCAUUGUUUCUGCUUUCUACAAACGAUAAAACCAUCAAAUAUUGGAAGGUACAAGAGAAGAAGGUCAAGAAAAUUUCUGAAAUGAAUAUUGAUCCGUCGAUAGCUUCAGGAGGUAGCAGUCUACCAAGUUCAAGUAACUCAAAUAGCCCGAAUCGGUUAGUUGCUAAUGGAUUACCUGCACAUGGCUAUCCGAGCAAUGACUUCUCUUUCCCACCAGGAGGCAUUCCAUCUCUGCGUCUGCCUGUGGUGACUAGCCAGGAGACCAGCCUUGUGGCUCGAUGUCGGAGAGUCUAUGCUCAUGCUCAUGAUUACCAUAUUAAUUCUAUAUCAAAUAGCAGUGAUGGAGAGACCUUUAUUUCGGCUGAUGAUCUGCGAGUGAAUCUCUGGAAUUUGGAAAUCAGCAACCAGAGUUUCAAUAUUGUUGAUGUUAAGCCCACAAACAUGGAGGACUUAACUGAGGUUAUUACAUCAGCUGAGUUUCAUCCUAUCCAUUGCAAUAUGCUCGCAUAUAGCAGUUCGAAAGGCUCCAUCCGUUUGAUUGAUAUGCGACAAUCAGCUCUGUGUGAUUCUCAUACGAAAUUAUUUGAAGAACCGGAAGCACCUGGUUCGCGAUCAUUUUUCACAGAGAUAAUUGCCUCAAUUUCAGAUAUUAAAUUCUCAAAGGAUGGGAGAUACAUUCUUAGUCGCGAUUACAUGACACUCAAGCUGUGGGACAUAAACAUGGAUUCUGGUCCAGUUGCAUCUUACCAGGUUCAUGAACAUCUGAGACCCAGGCUGUGCGAUUUAUAUGAAAAUGACUCUAUAUUUGAUAAGUUUGAGUGCUGUUUGAGUGGCGAUGGAUUGAGGGUAGCAACAGGCUCUUACAGCAAUCUAUUCCGUGUAUUUGGAGCUUCUCCAGGAAGUACUGAAGCUGCAACUUUGGAAGCUAGCAAAAACCCAAUGAGGAGGCAAAUUCAGACACCUGCAAGACCUUCCAGAACUUUAGGCAGUAUGACACGCGUGGUUAGACGAGGAUCAGAGAGUCCCGGAGCAGAGGCGAAUGGGAACGCAUACGAUUUCACAACUAAGUUGCUGCAUAUGGCUUGGCACCCAACAGAGAACUCAAUUGCUUGUGCAGCAGCAAACAGCUUGUACAUGUACUAUGCAUGA